AUGGUUCAUAUGGAUAAUAAUCCUUCUUUAUCCUCUUCUACGGCAACCUCGGAGAGUUCAAUGAAUAUUACUGUCGCUGUAAGAUGUAGAGGUAGAAAUAAACGGGAAAUUGAUGCAAAAAGUCCUGUAAUAGUUUCUGUUCCUAACACUACCGCUUCUAUCAACCAUGCAUCAACUUAUCCUAAUGAAGUUUCUGUUAAUACAACUGAUGAUAUAGGUAUAACUGCAAAAUUAAAUUCGAAGACAUAUAAGGUUGAUAAGGUUUUUGGUCCAAAUGUCUCACAGGAAGCCCUAUUUAAUGACAUCAUUAUACCGUUAUUUAAUGAUUUUAUUAAAGGCUAUAAUUGUACUAUUUUAGUAUAUGGUAUGACAUCCACGGGGAAAACUUAUACCAUGACGGGUGACGAAAAUAAUAAUUUUAUUAUAAAAGAUAAAUUUGUAUCACGUAACAACAUAAAAUUAAGUGAAUCUGCAGGUAUAAUACCAAGAAUACUUUGUAGAUUGUUUGAUACAUUAGAAUAUGAGAAAAAUAUUUUAAAUUGUAAUAAUAGUCAUAGUAAUACCAUUAAUGAUAGCACAGGUACAAAACAAGAUAUAGACUAUGUUGUCAAAUGUUCGUUUUUAGAACUUUAUAAUGAAGAAUUAAAAGAUUUAUUAUACGAUACAACUGGUUCAAAUUCAAAUGAUACUAUUAUACCGCCGAGUAAAAAAUUAAAAAUAUUUGAUAAUAAUGGAAAUAACAACAACAACAGCAGCAGCAGCAGCAAUAAUAUCAUAAAUUUAAAGAGAGAUAAAAAUAAUAAAUUUAAAAGAUCAAGAAAAUCUAUGUCAAAUAGAAGUUCUUUGCCUAUAUCAUUAGAAAAAUCUAAGACUUGUAACAAUACUAAUACUAAUAAUAAUAAUAAUAAUGUAACUACUACAGAAAUAUAUAUUCAAAAUUUAAGAGAAUUUCAUAUAAAUAAUGCUAAAGAUGGUUUAUUACUUUUACAAAAUGGAUUAAAACAAAGACAAAUGGCUUCUACUAAAAUGAACGAUUUUUCUUCAAGAUCGCAUACAAUUUUCACUAUUACCCUCUAUAAAAAAUUUAAAGAUCAACUAUUUAGAUUAUCAAAACUAAAUUUAGUUGAUUUGGCAGGUUCUGAGAAUAUAUCUAAAUCUGGUGCAAUCAAUUUAAGAGCUAAAGAAGCAGGUUCAAUUAAUCAAAGUCUUCUAACUUUAGGUAGAGUCAUUAAUUCUUUAUCUGAAAUUAAUGAAAACAAAAAAGAUGAAGAUACUACUACUACAAAUAAUAAUAACAACAAUAAUGAUAAUGAUAAUAUAAAAAAGGACACUAAUAAUAAUAAUAACAAUAAUAAUAUAACAAAAAAUAAAACAAAAAAUAUUCAUAUUCCUUUUAGAGAAUCCAAAUUAACUAGAUUAUUGCAAGACUCAUUGGGUGGGAAUACAAAGACUAUUUUAAUUGCUACAAUAUCUCCUGCUAAAUUGGUGUUAGAAGAGACUUGUAGUACAUUGGAAUAUGCAUCAAAAGCUAAAAAUAUUCAAAAUAAACCUCGCCUAGGAUCCUUUAUUGUAAAAGAUAUGUUAUUAAAAGAUAUUACACAAGAAUUAGUUAAAUUAAGAGCAGAUUUAUGGUCUACAAAAUCAAAGGAUGGGAUUUAUAUGUCACAAGAAAAUUAUAAAAAUUUAAUGAAUGAAAUCGAAAUGAAUAGAAAUGAAAUUAAAGAAUUAAAACAAAAUAAUAUUAAUUUAGAGAGAUCUAAUACUGCUCUAUUAGAUGAAAAUAAAAGAGUAAAUGAAUUAUUACAAAGACAAAAUGACAAGAAUACAAUUAUAUCAGACCAAUUGAUUCAAAUUAGAAAACAGAAUGAUAAGAAAGAUAUCCAAUUAAACGAUUUAAAAAUCACUUAUGAAGAUUUAAAUAAAUCCUUUCUUCAAUUAAAUCAAAACUUUAAUAAAAUCAAAGAAAAAGAAACUAAACUAAAAUCAAAUAUUGAAUCGGUUUUAGAUUUGGAAUUUCAUUCUCUAGAAGACAGUAUUAUGUCACAAUUAAAGAAAGAUCAAACAUUGAUAACAAAUAAAAGUAUUAAUAAUAUUGGUCCAAAUAUCCAAACAAUUAAGGAUCAGGUAAUUCAAUUACUGCAAAACACAAAGGAUAAAGCUGUAUCAUUAUACAAUUCUUGUAUUAAUGACUUAUUAAAAGAAACUCCAACAAUCUUCAAUCAAAUAAACGAUAAUAUAACAAGUAUCAAAGAUAUGACUACAAUAUAUUAUAAUGAUAUGGCAGAAAAAUUAUCAGAUUUAAGUGAAGAAAAUAACACAUUUAAACAAUUCCUCGAUAAACAGCUAUUAAUAAAGGAUAAUAUAAUUAAUAAUAAGACUCCAUUAGAGAAUGAUAUGAUUAAUCAACAUGUGGAAGAUACUUUAAGAACUUUAGAGUUAUCAUCAAAUAAUUUAAUUCAAUCAUUACAAUCGAUGAUUAUAGAACAUUUCAACAAUAAUAGAAAUUUGUUAACUUCUACUGUAGACAAUGUCACUAAGAGUGUCUUUGAAUGUGAUAAUAAAGAAUUAAAGCCCUAUUUUGAUAAGUGGCAAAAUUCAAUAGAGUUAAUAAACAAAUCAGAUUCUAUUAAUAAUAAAUAUUGGAAUCAAUUAAAUACACAUGUUGAACAAGUGACAAAUGUAAUACAGAAUUCCAGAAGCUUAAUAGAUAAUUCAAUAAAAGUGAUUCAGAAUCAAGAUAUUCUAAGUGAUCAAAAUAUGAAUAUUAUUGAAAAGAUUAAUCAGGAUAAAAUAAUUGAUAAAAAUUUCAAGACUAUUAACAACAAUAUUAAUAUAUUAGAUCAAAAUGUUCAAAAAGAUUUUGAAUUUAAGAAAAAAUCCAUAGGAAUGAUACAAGGUAUGGAGAAAAAGAUACGGGCCAUUAUACAUGAAGAGGUAGAGAAUUUAAUUAAUAAUGAUGAUGAUAAUAUUAUUAUUAACAGUGGGAAGAAUAUUGAGAAUCUUAAAACUUUUAGAAGUAUUAAUAAUUUACAAGAACAAAAAAAUGAGCUACAAAUUACUGUACCUUUAAGACCAACAUCAUUAGUAAAUACAGAUUAUAAUGGAUCUCUCAUACCGAGAUCACGAUCUGUUAGUCCAAAAAAAAAGAUUAUUUAA